UAAAUUAUGUGGCCAAAUCAGAGCGUGCACGGAAGUUAUUGUUUGUGGGAGUAGAGAGGGAUUUGUGUGUGUGAGACAAAAUUGAACGGGAAUAGCUAUUUGACAUAAAUUAAAGCGUUGACGUCCUCGUGCAAAAUUGAGACGUUUUGAAAAUUAAAUCCGAUAAUAUAGCUAGCUAAUUUGCUGAAAUAGCUAAUCAGUGCAGUGUUGUUGAUAUUCUUCUUCUAGCAUAGCUAGCUAGCUAACGUUAGCGUCCUGGCUAGCUAGCUAGCUAGCUUCUUCAGCUACCAAGCAUUAUGCCUUCAUACAAAGAAGUGAGAAACAGCAACCGCUUCUAUUAUUUCAUCAAAUUCACCUUAAAUGUCUACUCAAUGCUCUUCUCGCUUCUGGGCCUGUGUGUGUUGUGCGUGGGGGUGUACGCAGAGGUGGAGCGCCAGAAGAAUCGUACCCUGGAGGGGGUGUUCCUGGCCCCCGCUGUGGUGCUCAUCCUGCUGGGCCUGGUGAUGUUCACCGUCUCCCUGGUGGGCAUGGUGGGCUCCCUCAGGGACAACAAGACCCUACUACACAUGUUUUUGUGUGUCCUGUGUGUGCUACUGUUCCUGCAGGCUGUGGCUCUCAUCGUUGCGCUCAUCUUUGAGAAAAAGACAUCAGCCCUGUUCCAGAGCAGUAUACGAGAGGGAAUUAAACACUAUUACGAUGAUCUGGACUUCAAAAACAUCUUGGACUUUGUGCAACAGAAGUUCUCUUGUUGUGGUGGGGACGACUACAAGGACUGGGGUGUCAAUCAAUACCAUUUCUGCAAUGGCACCGGGCCACUGGCCUGUGGCGUCCCUUAUACAUGCUGUGUCCCCCACAAGGUGGGAGAGGUUGUCAACACUCUUUGUGGUUACAAGACUCUCAGCCAACAGGUAAGGCGUGAGCUCCUGGAUGAGGUGAUCCAUGUGCGGGGCUGUAUCCAUGCUGUCAACCUGUGGAUGGGAGACAACGUGGGAGCAACUAUUGGGCUCUGCUGUGCUAUAGGGCUGCCACAGCUGAUGGGCAUCAUGCUGAGCUGUAUGUUCUGGAACCUUCUGGUGGAGAUGAGUGAGUCCAUGGACAUGGUGGACUUCAAGAUCCUCAAGAGGGCUGGCUUCGAGUACAGCGAGCUGGACCUGGCUGGUGCUGGCUGCUGCCUGUGUCUGCCCAGAGAUGGAGGCUACCUCCCUCUGCCAGCCUUAGACCCCAUCUUGUCUGACCCUGACCUAAAGCCCAUCCCCAUCCGGGUCCAGCGGCCCCUGCCCGUCCAAGUCCAUAAGCCCCUGGCCCAAUCCCUCCAAGACCUCCAGCUAUCUGGGCUUAGACUGGAUGAGGUAGACAUUGGGCGUAAGCAGAAUAAGCAGAAUAAGCAGAAAAGAAGGGAAUAUUGAUUUGUGAAUUUCCUCAGUUGUUUUGUUGUUGUUUUGGUCACUGUGUUUGUUGAAGGACAGGUUAGACCUGGUGUUCUAUUUGGUGGUCAAACCAAUCAAUGGUCAUUAACUGACAGGAUUACAGGUUAUAAUGGUCACGUUCCUAGUUGACUACAUUGCAGAUGCAUGCCAGAUCUCAAUUCCUGGAUAGGUGUUUAACAUAUCAGCUAACCGCAGCAUAUGAUAUAUCAAUCUCAUUCCCGACUGCUCAGUCGAUGAUGUGGCACACAACAAUUGGUUGAUGCGAUGCAUGUAGUUGGUCUGGAAAGCGACCAGAGGUAUGUCACUUUGGCAAGGCAUUAUUGGUGCAAUCGUUUUCCUGUUUUUAUAAUUUUUUAUUUUGAAAUCCAAAUCUUUCAAAGAACAAGAUGCUGCAGUGGCUUUUAGGCACCCCUCUAAGUGUGUCGUUUUUUUGUUAAGUUUUUAAAAAUGUAACUUUCAAAUGGAGCUGCCGUCUCUGCAUUAUUUAAAUAUUUCCUAUCAUUUUGUUCCAGGUAUUUUUUGGGCUUUUGAUUUUGACCUUCGUCUCAAAUGCUGAAGUUAAAGCAUACCUCAGGCUGUAUACAAAUGUAGCCCAGUAGUCAGAAGAAGAUUUACGUCAUGUAUAUUUACUAUACAGACUUUAUGAAAUGAUCAGUUUGAGAUGAUCAUUCUAGUCAGAGCAGAGGAAUAGGAAUAGUCAGUCUUGUCUUGCGUUGCGUGUCUGUGAAGGAUGUGUAGCCUAAUGUUUCUUUUUUUAGUAUGAACUCUUCGAUUCCAUUUGUACCGGUAUGUAUGCUAUGAACUGCCUAUUCAGGAACAACGUGGGAAGCAUGUGUGUUUUGUAUUUUAAUAAAGUAAAAAAACUGUUUACAGCUCUUUUAGGGUCUCAUCAGGGGUUUUCAGUCUCUUCUCAAUUUCCGUCAUAUUUAUUAUACUUAGCAGGUUUGGUACAAAACCAACAUUAUAAGGGAUAAAACAAAUCCAGUCCAAACGAGCGGACUGGGACCAGAAAUCAGCCCUGGCAUUUCUAACACACCUGCCCAUUUUUUGUUGUUGUGACACCCACACCAGCCCAUUUUUCCCCCCUUGAGGUCCCCAUUGUUACCCAGAUAAUGAUCAUUUUGCGCAAAAAUAAAAAAGUUACACAGGCCCACUGGGCUAAAAAUGGAUCAGCCCAUCUCGCAUUUGCCCGAAUAGCCAGAUGGCCUGUCCGCCCAUGAGUCCAAAUUAUAUCAAUCCAUGUUUAGCUAGGAUCUUUUUUCAUAUCUGAUUUAUUUUAGAUUCAUCUUAGCUCUGGCCUUGUAUAAACACUACUGUCAUUGUCAAUAAAGCCGUUUUGAACUUGA